UUAGGGAUUCAGAAGUUUUUUUUAAAUAUUGCAAAUAGAAUUUAAAUGUAAUAAGAAAAAAAGUGUCAGAAUCCAACUGGGACAAUAAAUGGUUAUUGUGCGCCUAAAAAAAAAACAAGAACGAAACUGCAUAGCAAAGGUGUCAUAUGACAAUUUACAGUUAAGAACUUAUUAAUGAUUAUUAUCGCAACUACUUAUACAUACAUACAUAUGAAUUAAUAAAUGGAAUGUGAACGACUGUAUAAAUAAAUUAAGAAAAAAAAAGAAGAAAAAAGCUACCAAUAUUAUGAAUCCAUUGACUUAAAUUGAUUCAACAUUUUCAACUCAACUAUAUAUACAUACAUUAUAAUAAUUGCAAGUCAUUUAUCAUAUCUCUUAUAAGAUUAUUAAGAAAAUCUUGAAAAUCUAAAAAAAAUUAGAUCGGAAUCUAAAAUUUAAAUGUAAAAACGAAUUGAAGUGAUUAAGAGAAGACAAGAAACAUAAAAUUCACCUACAAAUUUAUUCCACUUGAAUGCUUUUAUUAAGAUCAAAAUCACCUCUUUUCUUUCCUUUUCUCUUCUCUUUCUCAAAGUGUACUUAAAAUAUUAAUGAACUGUUUGCUACUGCAAAAUAUACAAAAUUAUAAUUUAAAAUAAAAUUAUUUUACAAGUACCUUAAAAAAUCUCACAAUUUUUUUUUUUGUAAUUUUUUCACAUAAUUUUCAUCUUUUUUUUUUAUUUACUCACCUUAUACACAAUUAGAGGUUAAUAAAACCUCAGCCAAUUGUGAAUUUUUUUUUGCCGUCUACAACACAAGAAAAGAAAAACCUUUUAACCUUCAAUUAACAGUUGAAAAGUAAAAUUUUUUUUAUAUAUUAUUGGACUGUGAUAUCGGAGGAGUAACAACAAUUAGAAGAAAAUCCAAUGAGAUAAAGAUGAAGUCGUUCAUUUUGCACUUGUUUGUGCUAUUUUUAAUUCAAAUCCAACAAAAUGUUUAUUCAUCUUCAUUAGCUACAACAUCAUCAACGAUUAAUUCAAUUUUAUCACCAACUUCUUCUUAUUUUAAUAAAACAACAACAACUACAUUUCAUACUUCAUCAUCAUUAUUAGCUCAAAAAAAUGUAUUAGAAAAGGAAAAAGGAAAAUUUCAAUUAGAAAAAUUAAAAAGACCAUCAAAAACAGUUACAUCGACAACAGAAUCAGCGGUAGCUUCUAAGCAAUUACAAAAAGAAGACGAAAAUAAUUUCAAAAUAAAAAAAUCACGUACGGCACGCGACUUACAAAUAAAAAAUAUAGACUUAUCACAAAGUAAAGAUAGUAAUAAUUUUAAUGGUAAUAAUGGUAAUAGUGAAGUAUCAUGCAUCACACUCCUUAAAGACGAAAAUAUAAAAAAAGAUUGUCGUGAACAAAAGCAACAACAGCAACAACAACAGCAACAACGAAGGCAUAUACAAAAACAAAAACAACAGCACCAACAACAACAUUUAUCAAAAGAAGAAGAACAAAUUAAAUCACUAAACCAAGCUUCACAAUCUUUGUGGCAUGAAACACAGCAAAGCAAUAGAGUGCGACGAACUAGUAAAACACCAAGAACUAUUCAAAGAUUAAUAGCAGGUCAUUUAACAUUAUCAAAUGAUCCAGCUUAUUCUACAAAGAAAUUAGAAUCAGAAACUACAGUCACAAGAAUUAAGACCUAUUCAACAACACCUAAAAUUGAAGUAUCGACAGAAUUGCAUUCGCAUACGACAACACCAGCUUCAAUUAAUUCUACUACACUAUCGAUUAGGAAACCAUAUCGCAGUAGAACUUAUGGCAGCAUAUUACGUGAAAAAUCACCGAAUAUUCUUUCAGCUGUAACAUCUAAAUCUUCAAUUAAAGGUGAAGAUUAUGAUACUAAUAAGAAAGAUGAUGAUGAAGCUUUUCUUGAAGAUACAAAAGAAUUAGAUAAUUGGGAUAAUGGAAUUUUACGACUUGGAGCUGGUGAUGGUAAAGAAGAACAAACUAAACCAAAGAAGAAACUUGAUCCAAAUAAAACUUUAUCUGAACAAGUUAAAGAUGGAAAAUACGGUUUAAUUGAAGAAGAAAUUUUCAAAAAGCAUCCAAAACGUCCUGGAAUUUUAAGUUAUUUACAAAAUAAAGAAUUUCCCCAUGAUAACGAAAAAACUUUGGGUGGUCUUAAUGAAGAAGAUAUUUGGUUAGCUGAAGAUCAUCUUUUAGUAAUUAAAGGUGGAGGACUUAAUGACAAAGACAAAAAUGAACCUUGGGCUCCAAUUGAUGAUUAUAUUGAACCAGAUCGUCCGAUAAAAAUUCCAGAAAACCCUAAAAUACCCCCACCAUUUCCUAUCCAACUUGGGGAAAAUGAACCGAUUCAAUUUGUCGGCGAUAAUCAAAUCACGUUCGGAAAUACGCCAUUCUUCAAUGAAUCAACCGCAGAAACGGUACCAGUUUAUCCCGCCGGAAUUGAAGAUAAAAACCAAAUCGAAAAUGAAAGUAACGACAAGAAAGAUUUACCUUCCAGGAAAGGCUCGUAUCAAGGCACUACGAAAUUGGCAAGCAUCACUGAUGCCAAAAAUGUUAAAGAAGGAUAUUUUUACCCAUCAGGAAAUCCCGCAUGGAACAUUAAAAACGGAACCAUCUACAAUCCUUUUUUAAAUUUCAAACCAUUUGAUUUUCCAGCUGUUCCACCCAAUGGUUCCGUUGAUGAUAUAUUAGAUCAAUUCGAUGAAGAUGAUCCAUCACUAUAUUAUCCGCCUCCUUACAGCUUUGUAUAUAAAAGUAACUACACUAAUCCAGUACCAGCCGGUCCCUUGGUACCUGGAAUCGUAUUGCCACCGCCACCAAAUGCUUUUAGUAGAUUAAAUGCUGAGAAGCGUACAAGAAAACCAAGGCCUAAUCAACCAUCAUUUAGACAAAAACUUACAAGGUUGCAACAGUAUAAACCAAAAACAAUCGUAGUUACACCAGAUCCUAUAACAAGCACAACUCCAACUGCAAAAUAUUCUUCCCCAACCCGCACAACCACAUCAUCAAGUACGACUACAAGUCAACCUCCUGUUGAAUUUGAUAUGAAUAAGCAGGUGGUAUAUGCUAUCACGGAAGUACCACCACCAUAUGGUAAAGUUCGAUAUUACACACCUUCUAGUAAUAUUUAUUCAACUUCAACAACACAAAAACCAUCGACAGAACCAGCUCCCGUCGAAGAAGUCAUUUCUUUUGUACCAAAGGCAAAAAGUAAGGCUCCCAAGAACGAUGGCCUAUCGCUUAAAAAUCCAAUAUAUUACGAAUAUUAUGAUCUUAAACCAACACCUCUUCCAACACCAGAAGUAUAUUAUAAAGAAAUUUUACCACCAACACUUCCUCCCAAUCCAACAAUUCCUCUUAGACAUACAACUUCUCCAAUGCCUCAAGCAAUUUCUCAAACGCCAACACCUGUUCCAAUAACUUCAGUAAGUCCGGAACCUAAACAACCAACAAAAAAACAUAAAGUUUCCAAAAUUACUACUAUUAAACCUGUAUUACGUAAACCACAUAAACAUUAUUCAUCACAAGGUAAAACAUAUCUUACUCCAAGACCUUACAACUUCGACGAAUUCGCUAAUAUUAAACCUCAUCCCGAGAUUCGACCAAAUGGUAUUGCUUAUUAUGAGAAUUCUGCCGAACCUAUAAAGCCAUUCUACAAUAGGGAACCUAAGCCUGCAGUUCCUGAUUUCGAUCGGGAAAUAAAUGCGAUACGUCAAACGUUGCAACUUUUUAAUGGAAAUCCACAAUCGCAACAACAACAACAAGUGUACGAUUAUAAUCAGAGUACGCAUAAGCCCAGACCAAUUUAUGAAUAUUCGUUCGACGCAAGAAGACCUAAUCCCACCACUUCAAAACCCCAAUUUGACUCUGAACCAUUCCAACCCAUGGUAAAAUACAGCCCUCCUGUUGACGAGGUCAACGGUUUUCGUGCUAUAACUUAUCCUGAAAUAAAUGAUCCGAGCUAUUAUAAUGUUGUUACCAAUGCUCCACCAGAAUCUGAUGUUAGCCAGAAUAAUGACAUACACGUUCAAGUAAUUUAUGAUUCCACCCCACGUCCAGAGAAUGGAUUUUAUUCAAAUAGUCCUCUUCAAGCUACACAUAGCACUCUAGGACAACCACAAAAUCCAUGGAUUUCGAUUGAAAAACAGGUUGUUCAAGAAAUUGGUAAUAAUGGGUUGCCAAUCACAAGUCGACGUCCACCCAAGAGACGUCCAAACUCUCGCAAAAUUGAACAAGUUCCUAAAAAUAAUAAAUUCGAGGGCUAUUUUUACGGUCCUCCUCAAGCAUCUGCUAGUCAAAUUCAGAGAACGAAUAAUCGUUACUACGAAGAACCUUUUACAAAGCAUUUGAGUGAAAUUAGGAAAAAGCUAAGUGCAACACAACCUGAACAUCAAACCCACUGGAUGAUUUUCGAGAAUACAACGAAUUCCAAUUAUGUUUCGCCACGUCCACUAACAAAUUCAAAUUCUGAACAAUUUGAGCAAUAUUUAAGAGAAAGAACAUUUGAAGAUCCAUCUUUAGUAAGAUCAUCUUCAUGGAAUUCGGCUAACGACACCAUUCCUAUAACUCAACAAUAUAAAAAAGGUGUGGCAGAAAAUUUACAACUGCAAUCAGAAUGGGUGAAUCCACAACCAAUUAAACAACAACAACAAUUGCAACAACCUGCUCAAGUAUGGAAUCUCGAAAGCGAUAUUAAUGUAAAUAAUAUUGCGUACGGUCGACCUCCAAUUAAUCCAGAUGCUGAAUUUAUUGAACAAUAUAGACAGCCAUCACAUCAUAAACCGCACCGUGAAAAAUACCGCGAUUCAUCUAAAUCAAUUAAACCAAAUUCUGAACCUUUCAAGCAAUAUCUACGUGAAGUCACACCUACAGAAAAUCAGGCAUCCCAAUCGCAAAAACUAUGGGGUUUGGAAAGUCAUGUGAGUGAAUCUUAUCCUAGGCCUACUAUUAAUCAACAUUCCGAAGUAAUGGAGCAAUCGAGCCGCCCUAGUCAUCAUUACAGACAGCAACAACAGCUGCAGCAUUCACAACAACUGCAAAUAAUUAAUGGUGCUGAAUCUUUUAAACAAUAUCUACGAAAAGUAGCACCAAAUAAAAACUAUAAUCCCUCGAAUCCUCCUCAAGUAUGGAGAUUAGAUAAUGACACAAACGUUAAUAGAAUACCAUAUGGUCGUCCUCCUGUAAAUCCAAAUUCAGAAUUUAUAGCACCCCCACCGCUACCACCACAUCCAUCUCAAAAAAGACCUAUAUAUCGAGAAAAUAUACGUGAUCUUAUACCACCUUUUAAAUUUCAACAAUCACAACAGCAACAAUUUCAUCAGCAACAGCAACAACAAUCAUGUAAAUGGCCACAUAACUGUAAUACAUAUUCAAGUUCUCAACAACAACAGCCACAGCAUGGAAUAGUUUCACCCGGACAUUCAUUGCAUAGUGAUUUAAAUAUAAAUUAUGGUCAAAAAUUGCCACCAUUGAAUCCUAACAGCGAAUUUAUUAAUCCUUAUCAACCAUUUUUGCAACAUCAACAAGAACAACAACAAAAUCAACAACAACAGCAACAAUUAGAACUUAAACCUAUUUAUAAUCGUCCUCAAUCAUUAUUAGAUAGUAAUUAUUAUCAACAGAGUCCUUAUCAAAAUAUCAAUAAUCAAAGACCGCAAAGACCACCCAAAUAGGAAUCCAAGUUAAAUUAUAUUUUAAAAAUUUAUUAAUUAAAUUCUAGUAUACAUAUAUAUAUAUAUAAUUUUUAAUUAAUUUUAAUUGAAUAGAACCAAAUGAUUCGAAUAUAAAAAAUUUCAAUAUUUUCUAGUUAUACCUUUUACGAAAUCGUUCAAUAUCAAUUUCUAAUUUUGUAUUGUACAAAAUGAAUUUUAAUUUAUUAUUAAAUUAAAUAUUAUAAUAUUUAAUAGAGCCAGUUAAGAAAACAUCAUAAUUAUAAAUUUAGUAUUGCAAGUAUUUCAAUUCAUGGUUCUAUCAAAAACAAACCUUGUUUGUUUACAUGAAAUUUAUUUCUUGAUUGCAUUUCUAUUUUUAAUUUUUCUAGCAAAUUCUACCAAAAAAUAAAUGUCAUACAAUACUACCUGAUAUUGCAAUCCUACUUUUACUUUUAAUCAUUUGAUCUAUAGCUCACAUUCUUGAAUUUCAUAGCUGA